UGUUGAACGUUGUGUUAAAAUUAGCUUAGAAGAAAAAAUGUUUUUGAAAAUUUGCAUUUUUUUGGUAUUUUUGAGUGUUUUGUGUUCUGGAAGAGAGAUCGAUAGAGAUCCAGAACAUCCAGUAAUAGACUACUCGAGAGCAAUCGUCCCAAAUGAGGAAAAACUUGGCAAUUUCUGGUGGACCAAGGCAAAAGAACAAUUGAAACAUCAUGUAAAACGCAAAUUAAACAAAAACGAAGCCAAAAACAUCAUCAUGUUCUUGGGAGACGGGAUGUCCAUACCGACUUUGGCAGCUGCCAGAGUUGUCUUGGGAAACGAAAAUAAAGAGUUGUCUUUUGAGAAGUUCCCUUACACCGGAUUAUCAAAGACUUAUUGUGUAGAUGGCCAAACCGCAGACAGCGCUUGCAGCGCCACCGCCUACUUGUGCGGCAUCAAAGCGAACGAUGGCACAAUUGGUGUCAGUGCAAAUGUCACCAGAAAAAAUUGCGAAACUAUGGCAGAUACUAAUAAUCAUGUCCAUUCGAUUGCCAAGUGGGCACAGGAUAAAGGAAAAGCCACAGGUAUUGUUACUACCACCAGAGUGACCCACGCCUCACCAGCCGGUACCUUCGCCCAUACAGCAGACCGAGAUUGGGAAUCAGACACCGACGUCAUUAAAAAGGGCAAAGCCGAUCCCUUAAAAUGCAGAGACAUAGCCCACCAGCUCAUUCACCAGGAACCUGGUAAAAAUUUCAAAGUCAUCCUGGGCGGAGGACGCGGUAAAUUUUUACCCAACAAUACUUACGAUGAGGAACAAGAACUUGGUCAAAGGAGCGAUGGUAGAAAUUUGAUCGAGGAAUGGAAAACCGAGAUGGGUAAAAAGGGUAAAAGUGAGUACGUUUGGAACAAAAAGCAACUGGAUGCUGUGGAUGCUGACAAGACUGACUUUUUACUCGGGUUGUUCGAGAGUAGUCACUGCAAGUACCAUUUGGAUGUGGUCGAUGGUAAUUUGGAGAGCAAAGAGCCUAGUUUAGCAGAAAUGGUUGCAAAGGCUAUUGAUAUUUUAGGCAAGGAGAAGAAAGGAUUCUUUUUGUUUGUCGAAGGUGGUAGGAUCGAUCAUGCCCAUCACGAAACAAAACCACGCAAAGCCUUGGAUGAAACAAUAGAAAUGGCAAAAGCUGUCACCACAGCCUUGAAUAAAACAAGUGAGGAUGAGACUUUGAUAGUUGUCACUGCCGAUCAUGCACAUACAUUGAGCAUUUCAGGAUACCCGAUUCGCGGUAACGACAUCUUCGGCCUCGCCAACCCCAAAGCAGACGACGACCUUCCUCUGGCAACCCUAAACUACGCCAAUGGUCCAGGUUACAAAAUUCACUUCAAAAAUGGAACUCGCCAAAAUUUUUCAAAAGUCGUCGAUAAUAAAAACAAGGACUAUCAGGCCCCUGGAAUCGCGCCCUUAUAUAUCGAGACUCAUGGGGGAGAUGAUGUGGCAGUCUUCGCCAAUGGCCCUUGGGCCCAUUUGUUUACAGGGACUUUUGAACAGAAUUUGAUACCGCAUAUGAUGGCCUAUGCUGGUAAUAUUGAUAGAAAUGGAGGUGAAAAAAUUGGUGGUUUUGGGGUAAUUUUUAUAGUAAUAUUGAUUGAGGUUGUUCUAAGGAUUUUUAGUUAAUAAUAAAUUAUAUUUAUUAUGGGGGUAGUAAUGUAUAUGAAUGUAUAAACUCUACUUGAAUAUAAAUGUAUAAAGUUUAUUUGAUUAUAAAAUAUUACAAUAUCAAAAAUGACAAGUCCAAAUGUUUUUCUACAAUCAUUAGCCUG